ACAUGGAUGGUGUUUGGUCUUUCGGCUUUCGCCGUAUUUUUUUUCCUUUAGAGGAUCAAUUUAAAAGCAGCCGCUUUCUAGAUGGUCAAAGAUGUGCACUUUGAUUCAUCGAAGAGGGAAUGGAUAAAAAACAGGAUCCAGAUUUUUCCCCCAAGGUCGGUUCCUCGAUGUCGAAUGAGUGUUAUUCUACAGCUGGUCAUGGUAAAAUCGAACAACCCGUCUUCCAAAGAGACGAUUUUCGAGGGAUUUUACCUUUGGAGAUCGAAAAGAAUGUUUCGGCUCUUCAAGAAUCGUUCAAGAGCGUACGUAAGGUUGUUUGUUUGUGUCCAGCAAAGCGGUCGAGCAAGGUUGAUUUUGGUCAUUUUCAACCGGGCACUCGCAUUUGUUCGAGUGUCAAGCAAAUUGAAAAGAGAAUAGAAGAACGAGUUGGGCUAACACUCGUUAGAAAUUGUUUAUCGAGGCUUCAAGCUUCAUGUCGAUUUACUAGCGAACUCGAAAGCAUAAUGGAAUACUAUCUAACGUAUCUGAAAGACCUUCACAACAGAGGAUCAAAUCUCGAACGGGAGUUCAACUUCAAAGGACAUCGUUUCCAUGAACUGUGCCUGACCGCCAAAGACCACCUUACCUUUUGGUCUGUCUUUCUGGAAAGGUGCUCGAAAGAAUACAAAUUUAAAAGCAUAUUUUCCCCACUGGAAAGGGAUAUAAAGAGCGCUCACAAGUCGUUAUUAAGGGUCAUUUGUCGAUUUCAAGUUAUGAUUUCUACAAUUUUAGUUUAUGUUUUGAACAUUGCUUACAGCCUGAAAUGGGUAUUGUCGGACUGUCUUUUAAAGGAUAUCUCAUCAGCCAUCGAGGAUUUAAAUCGUCUUUCUGAAUACAGCAAAAGCAUUCAAGAUGAAAACGACGUUAUUUUCAAAACUCGGUCAACCAGCUUGUUUUCCGAUACAACGACAUGUAGAGUGUUCGGAGUGUGUGCCUCAGUUCGACUCAACUCCGUCGAUACUUCAGUGUCACUACAACGCUUAUUUAAUGACACUGCCAAAAGGCGAGCCCGUAUUUUUGGUAGCCAUCUCUUAAGCUUUCUUCACGAGCAAGAUGAUAUUUGUCACUGUUUGAAGAAUGACUUGAUCGUAAAGCGGGGCUGGAGAGAUUUUGAUCAAAGACCCCAGGGGACCAAUUGCUACCCUUCCCCUAGUGGUGCACUUAGCUCCUUUCCUUCAUCAGAGCACCAAUUUAUAACUGAACUAAUAUCUAAGCUUGCCACAUCCAUGACACUGAUGUCAUCGUAUGGCAUGGAUAAAAAGCUAUUAAUGCAUAAAAGUCUGCCACAAAAAGGCCUCUACCACAAGGGUGCUGACGAGCAGCAGACAGCAGGAGAUGGGAUACCACCUGAGGAACACCCCUCGGAACCUGAGGGAGCCAGUCAUAGUAUCCUAAAGCACUCCCCUGGGACAGUUUCCCCACGACUUAGCAAGCGAGUCCAAUGGCAUCAUUCCAUUGAUGUUGAUGUCAAAGCGCAAGUGUCAAUACUAUAUAUGGACAUAUUAUGGUCUAGCAUGAGUGUUACGAUUUGUCAAAUGUUGGAAUUACUAUCCUGGGAGAGGGACGUCAAGGGAAUCUUUGGACCUUUACCGCUAUGGUCUGACAGCAUCCUGCUGAGUGUUGUCACGGUAUUGGAGUCAGUGGCACUUUCAGAUUCGAUGGCACCAGAAGAAUCCAAGUGUUUACAGUUAGUUGGAAGAUGCAUUCGCUGCUAUGGUUGCCUAUCAUCUUGGGAUAAAGGAUUCUGCAAGCUUCUCAGCGUAGCUCGAAAGGACAAGUGUUCAACUUCUAGUCAACCUGAAGACAACUCCCCUUCAUGCGAAACAGUGCUUUCAAUGAUGGAACUCUGUAGCACAUUAAGGGACUUUUUUCAAGUGGCACAAAAAUGGGAUUAUCACUUAUGGUCCACUGAAUAUAGUUCCAUGUACAUGAUAAAGGACCUGAGUUCAUCAGUGUUGCCAUUCCUUAGUCGUAUGCAAGCAUUGCUUAGCUUUGCUCGUAGUUGGUUUGAUACCAAGUUGUAUCAUUUUUUGUCCGGAUGGAAUCUGUCAUCAUUUUUCAUGCUGGUGCAUACGGACAUGCCAUUGCUAAUAGAGUUGGCGCAUGCGACCAUGAAAACCAUCAAACCAUUGUGUGUUGGUCAGGGGGGGAACUACUCUUGGGGCUCACUUCCUAUACAAUUAGAAGAUUUACAAGGCAUUCUGAAAGCAAUCCAGGGAAUGAACAAUCUGUAUCGGCAGCUUUUCAAGGAUGACCUGUCAAAAAUGUGUUCAGAAUUCUUCCAAGAAGCAAUGCCAAUUGGAAAGUCUUGGAAAAAAAGUAGACAGUCAGGAAUCCCUUGUAAACAUAAUUCAUAUGUCGAGCAUGCCAUAACUCAGAUCCUAGAACCAGUAAUUAGUGGCACAGAACUGCUUUCCAAUGACUGCAGACUUUCACUGUUGUCAUUGACAACAACCACUAUGAUGGAGACGUGGAGCACAUAUGUACUGAAAGAAGAAAUUGUAUUCAGUUUCUAUGGCGCCCAGCAGCUGCAGUUAGACUUCAACUACAUCAAAUGCUGGAUCUCGUCUGACGUUAGCACUUUAAACACGAACAUGCAAUCCAGUCUGCUUGGUCUUGAAAUCUUCCAUCAUUUGGAUGGUGCAACACGACUCCUCAUGCUGCAGCCAAGAAAGAAAAAACAAAUGGAUGAACUUGAUGUGGAACUUGAAUCAAACAUCAGUGCUGUCAGCAGCAGUUCAGUGUUGUCAUCUUUCUCAGGAGUAGACAUCGACAGCUAUGAGAUGGAUGUCUUGAACGACAAGACCAUCCCCAACAAACAACUAUGGUUGGACCUGCGACUACGCGGUGGGAAGUCCAAGAAAGGUUUGUUGCCUUUCUGUCUAAAGGUACAAGAAAUGAAAUGAAACAAUGAAAGUAAUUGAAAUGGUAAAUAGAUAGAAACAAAAUAUGAAUAUUGUCAUAAGCAUACAUAUACUAUAAUUUCUUAUUCUAAGUUUUAAGUUAAUGUGUUUUUUUUUUGUCUAAUGUAUUUGAAAGGUUUUCUUGUUUAACUUAUGUGCGCUUGAACUAUAAAGUAAUCAGUUGAAUGGUGGAAUAAUUCAUGAAGAAAUGCCACUGUUUAUUGGUAUGUUGGUUUAUAUUUAUUGAAGGGAAACUUUUAAGUUGACACUUGAUGCAAUUUGUCCAUCCAAAUAACCAGAUGAAUAAAAUCUGUUAUCUGUGGUGUCAUACUUCUUCCCUGCUAGCAAAAGUCUCUCUCAUUGUGUACAAUAGCAGCUGAUAAAGCUAUUACAACAAGAACGCUUCAAAUAAUCCUGGUUGUUCAAAGUCUCAUUAAAUGUAGUAAUGUGUGAUUAGCUCAGUAUUUUAAGAAUUUAACCAUUUUUAACGUCAAUCAAGCUUUGAACAACAUAGCUGUCUGGAGCCAAAACUGCUUUAAACACAAGACUUGGUUGCUUAAAUUAACAAGGAGGCCAAUAAGCUUUUUACAUAACCAGCCUAAAUGGUCAGUCAAAACAGGGGAACCAUACAGAGGCACUGUCAACCCUCACCUUGAAACUUAAUCUACUUGUAGGGUACUGUUCUGCUUCCUUUAAAAAUAACAACAAUUAUUAUAAUACUAUAUCAGGGUUUGUGCUACUACUUGAAAGGCCCUGGAAUUGAAAACUUGUUUUCUAGAGAGCUUGAAAAGCCCUUGAAAAUGGGAAAAUCACUAAAACUCCUUGAAUCUGAUGGAAUUGAUAUGUUGCUUGUUAGCUUUUGGGUUGAAUGUGGCUAUUUUUGAAAAUCGCCUUUGGAAACGUCCACAAACAUCAAAAACUAUUGUCAAAAAUAAUCCUUGAAAAUCGCAUUUUUGUGCUCAAAAAGUUCUUGAAAAGUCCUGAAAUUUUGAACUGAAAAUGUAGCACAAACCCUGUAUAUGUGAAGUGGCUGUUAGCUUUCAGCAUGUUAACAACUUACCUCUGUUUAACAAAAAGUCGUUAGUGUACAUUUUCACAUGAGAGGUCACUUUUCACACAUUGUGAAAAGUGGUUAUAUCUGUCUUCCAUGACACAGAGCAGCAAAUGUUAUGGUAAUGUUAAUCGCAAGAGUUUGCAAUACAAGAUUGUGUUUAAAUGUGUCAGACAGUCCCUCAUUAUAUAAAAAUCAAAUUACUUUUGAAAGAAAGCAUAGAUAAGUAUAUAUAUAUUUUAGCUUCCUUGAAUUGUACAGCUAUCAACAUUAGAAAAAUUUUGUUUGUCAUUGGUGAAUUGUAUCGUGCCUUAAUGCAGACUAUUUUAAUAUUAAUGCUGGACAAUCUUACUGAAUAUCAUUAUUAUUAUUAUACUAUUCAGUGAGAUAGGAGGGUACAUUUCAUUAACGAAAAACAAACAUUUGACUAUAAUUAGUCACAAAAUGCUUUGUGAUUGUCUGUUCGUAAUUGCAAAGAAGCUUGCCAAAGAAGCCAUGAUAGAAUUCUUAAAGACUUACAUGACAACUUAAAUGCUGGUUUUCAACCUGUCAGGGAUGGAUCCAGAUAGUAUUCGUAAGGGGGAUGUCACAAAUGAGGAAAUGACCAGAUAGGAAUAUAAAUUGUACGAAAUGUAGACUUGUGAUCCAUGUAACAAUUGCUAAUGAACUAAAACUGCAUAUUUUUAUUGCUAUUGCUAAAAGUGCAUAUUUGUAAUAUUAUAUUGCCACUCAUUGUAUCAUAAAGAGCACUGACUCAAAAUGAUGUAAUAUUGUAGUGUAAGGGCCGUGUCUAAUGUAACAAUAGACAUCGCCUGGAUCUGCCCCUUCCCUCCCCUUUAGGACCUGGAAGCACAUGAUUUGUGCCUUACUUGUGCUAUGAACAGCCAACAAUAUGGCUGAUGAGAUGCCAAUUGAAAACCAGCAAUUAUAGUUAGUGUUUUGUGACAGUCCUGCACGACGUUGUCACACAAUACUUUGUGGAGCUCUAACGUGUGUUGUCUACCAUUAGGGCAACAACUUCAUAGGGAAUUGUGUGACAGCUGUGUCACAAAAUUUGAUGGAGCUAUUGUGUCUCCUGUGUGUUGUGUUACACAGCUCCAUAGUAGGGAGUUGUGUGACAGCUCACGUGUCACACAAAAUUUGAUGAAAGUCUGAGCUGUCUAAAGACUAGUUUUAUCAUGUGACAGUUCCAUAGUGUUGUGUGACAGAUUUAUAGGGAGUUGUGUGACAGCUCUGUCAUUUGAUUGGUGUAUCGGUUAAUUCUUUAUGAAGCAGACACUGAUAUGCAAUAGGUGGGCGUCGAUGAUGACAUUUUAAGCUAAUUUGCAUAAACAUAAAAAAAUGCAUUUCACUUAAUUACUCCAAGAAUGCAAUUUCUGAAAAAUUUAAAGGUAAAUGGUUAAAAUUAUUUUAAGAGAAAUUGAGCACCAAACCUUUAAAAUAUUUUCCCUCAUAUUAAGUACCAGUGGUGGGGAAAGUCUGUAAAUAUAUUUACUACAAAUUUUACAACAUAUUUUACUACUGUGAAAAGCCAAUACAGUAUCUACAGUAAAACGUCUGUGCCCUAACCUUUUCAGGUUUUGUUGAGAGUAAUGCUAUCUUCAAUUUGAAUUGUUUAUUGUUUAAUUUUGGAAUAUAUAUAUGUUUUUGUUGCACAAGCUAUGUCAUGACAUGCCCACCUAUACUACAAGACUGACAUGAAGCAGCGUUCAAUGCUUUCUGAAGCUUUUACACAACCAUAUCUGGCACAAAACCUGUUGUCACAAGUACUUGUAAGUUGGUCACACAACACUGUAUAAAGGGGUCACACGACACUGCAUGAAGUGGUCUGCCAGUGCAUAAGUCAGGUCACCUGAUAAAAAAGUAUUUAUGUGACAGCCCUCAGAACAGCCAGAUAAAGUAUCCAUAUGAUUUAUCAGAUUAUUAAAACAAAUUAUAAUGGUGUCGCAAAUUCUAUUUAUUAAAUAUAGUAAUUAUAUUGUAAAGUUUAGGAUUCAAUUAUGAAAUGAAAAUAAAACAAAUGAAGAAAAUGUCGUGUGUUCUUAUGUGGGGUAGUUUCUAUCAAACCAUAGACCAUAUGAAAAAGGGCGUGGCUAUCGUAACUCCUUAGUUUAUAUUUUUAUUGU